AUGGGUGGCUCUGGAAACUGGAUUAAAUCUCUGAUAACCAACAAAAAAUCCAUCACUGAUGAACAGUUAAGUGAUAAGAACAGCAAGAAGAAAUGGAAACUCUGGAGAACUUCAUCAGAGAGCCUCAUAUCUUCCUCAAAGGGUUUCAAGAGCCGUGCUGGUAGUUACGGGACUCCUUCUCUUGGCUCAGAUCCGCCGUCUUUCUCCGCCGACGAUUCCUUCACCGCGGCUGUUGCUGCUGUCAUCAGAGCUCCGCCGAAAGAUUUCGUUCUUUUCAAACGAGAAUGGGCUGCAACACGAAUCCAGGCUGCUUUCCGAGCUUUCCUGGCAAGACAAGCGCUGAGAGCUCUGAAGGCGGUGGUGAGGAUUCAGGCGAUAUUCCGUGGGAGGCAAGUCCGGAAACAAGCAGAUGUGACACUAAGGUGUAUGCAAGCUCUUGUUCGAGUCCAAGCUCGUGUACGAGCUCACUGCAACAGGGCACCUUCAGAUGAACAAGAGUUGCAGAAACCAUCUGAGCAAAAAGAUGAUCCUGCAAAGCAAGCUGAGAAGGGUUGGUGUGAUAGCCCGGGAAGUAUAAAUGAAGUGAGAACUAAGUUACAGAUGAGACAAGAAGGAGCUCUUAAGAGGGAGAGAGCUAUGGUGUAUGCACUCACACACCAGCCAAGGACGUGUCCAAGUCCAAACGUGAAGGUGAACAAACAAGGGAGUGUUAAGAAGAAUCAAGGGUCGUGUAAGAGCAGUCCAGGAUGGAACUGGCUUGACAGAUGGGUUGCAGACAGGCCAUGGGAAGGUCGGUUGAUGGACUCAUCAGACAAUGCAAGGAAAAGUGAGAGCAGUGUGUCUGAACAUGACGCAGUUCAAGUCAGGAAGAACAAUCUCUCAACCAGAGUGAUGGCUAGACCUCCUCCUCCGGUGUCGUCAUCUGCCACGAGUUCUGAGUCUUCGUCGACAUCUCAGUCCCCAGUUCCUUACUCUGGAAGUUUCCUUGAGGAAGGAGGGUACUACAGAAAGCCGAGCUACAUGAGCCUGACACAAUCUAUCAAAGCUAAGCAGAGACGAUCUCCUUCUUCAUCCUCUUGUUCCAAAACACCGUUUGAGAAGAAACAGUCCAUGUCUUUCAACGGAGAUGUAAAUUUAAGGCGUAGUGGUGGUUCGGAUCCAUCAAGCAACCAGUGGACUGAUCUAUAUCCACCGGCUCAAGUAACAGGGAGGCAUAUGUGGGCAAAGAGCCAGCGAGGCUAA